CCUAUCUCCAAACUCACUAACUACUAGGAUGUGGAAAGCAACUCUCCUCGCGCUUAGCCUUAGCGCAACCGCCACCGUCCACGCAGCAAACUCCUGGAUCGUCCCCGGCGCGGGAUAGAUGUCCACGUCCGGCACCAAAAUUGAUGCUCAUGGUGGCAUGGUGCUCCAGCGUGGAGAUACGUUUUACUGGGUUGGACAGAGCGCUUCGCAUAACGAACAACCCUACAUGUACACCAGCACGAACCUGCUCGACUGGACGCCAUGCGCGAAUCCCCAGAACGCCAUCCAAUACAUGUGGCGCCCGAAGCUCGCGAAGCCCAACGGCUCGUGGUGGAUCUACGGGCAAGUAGAUCGGAACGUGCAGGCGCUGAAGUCGUCGACUAUCAACGACAACUACGCCGUUUCCGGGGGCAAAGUAACCCUUCCACCGAACGGGUAUACUUAUUCCGACACCGGCAUGUUCCUAGACGACGACGACCAGACCUGGUACCUCCUCACCAGCGCCGACCACAACAACGUGCAGAUCAACCGCAUCAACGCCGACGGCGCCAUCGGCGACCGCGUCAACGUGCUCGCCAAGGGCGCCUACGAAGCCCCCGGCAUGUUCAAAGUAAACGGCAUCUACUACCUCAUUGUCAGCGGGAAAACCGGCUGGCGCAGCAAUCCGAACCAGAUGUUCUGGGCGGAGAAGCUGGUCGGUGGGAGCUGGAACGGGCCGUAUGGUAUUGCGCCUGAGGUGCAGAAAACGUAUAACUCGCAGAACACGUUCGAGCUUGCUAUUAAGGGGAGUAGUAAGACUACUUAUGUCUAUAUGGGCGAUAGCUGGGACUCUAAAGGCGGGCCGGAUAGUAACUACGUCUGGCUCCCUAUUAGCGUGGAUACGGCGGGCAAGAAGGUAUCGCUCGACUACCACGCGCAGUGGCGAAUCGACGUCCGCACGGGGGAGGUUAGCGUGCCGGCGCUGAAGCGGAGGUACGAAGCGGAGCGGGCGGAGGUCAUUGGCCGCGCUGCAGUUGCAGAGUGCGCGCACUGUGGGACUAAGCGCGGUGUGCGGGGGUUUUCCCAUUCCAGCACCGUAACGUUCCGCAACGUCACGGGCCUGGGCGGCUUGCAGUGGGUGCAGCUGCAUUAUCGCGUUCGCAAUGGUGAGGGGGGCGAGCAGGCAGCGCAGGCGCAUGUAUCCGUGAACGAGGGGCCAGUGGUCAAUGUGUCGAGCUUGAAUCAUCGCGCGGGGUGGCAGGAUGUUGUGCCGAUUCAGUUGGAGCUUAGAGAAGGGAGUGGGAAUACGAUUACGUUUGGUGUUAGCGGGGAGGCGGAGGAGGCGGUGGUGUUGGACGGGAUUGAGGUUGUUGAGGAUUAAGGAUUGAGAGGGAUUGAUGAUGGAGGGGAGGAGUUGCGAUGGAGUGGAUAUAAUGGAGCGAUGCGAUGUCCUUCAACCAACCCUAGCCACGCGGUCGAUAAUCCAAGGUAUCCAUCACCCUCCCCUCCCAAUCACCAAACCACGCUCACCGCCUCCUCCGUGCUCCAAUCCCACUCUCCCCACGGCUCAACACUCCCUUGCGCCAGGCAGUCCCCGUCCCAAUCCGACUCGCAUUCCGCAUCGCCGCCCAGUCUCCCACAAGGAAUUUCACACGCACACUUCGGCGGAUAAUGCUCCGCCGGAUCCCAAAUCAUCCCCUGCGCAACCGCUUCCUGCAACCCAAUCGUCCCAAUCCUCUCAAUGUGCGCCUCCCCCGCAAAUCCCUCCUCCACAUCCCCGCCCUCAAAGAUCCUCAUCCAUUUCUCGCGCACCCAUGGCUGCAUGCCGCCCUGC